CACAUAAGCUUCACACCACUCAGUAAAUCAUUAGGAACAUUCCAAUAUAUAUUAAUUGCCUGCAUUUUUGUUAAAGUGAGAAGAAGAAGAAAGUGAGGCAUGGCGAAUGUUUUACCUCCUGAAGGAAUCCUGCAGAGCGAAGCUCUGAAGAAGUAUAUCUAUGAAACAAGUGCAUAUCCAAGAGAGCACGAGGAACUCAAGAAUUUACGAAAAGCUACUGAGAACAAAUAUGGAAACAGGAGCAUAAUGUCAGUACCAGCUGAUGAAGGGCAAUUCCUAUCAAUGCUUGUUAAGAUUAUGAACGCCAAAAGGACGAUAGAGAUCGGUGUUUUUACUGGCUAUUCUCUUCUUUCAACUGCACUUGCCUUGCCUCAUGAUGGCCGGAUAACAGCUAUAGACAUUGAUAAAGAAGCUUAUGAAGUUGGAGCACCAUUCAUCCGCAAGGCAGGCGUCGAGCACAAAAUAAAUUUCAUUCAAUCUGAUGCUAUUUCCGUAUUAACCAAAAUGCUAAACAAUGUACAUGAGAGAGAAGAAUUUGACAUAGCAUUUGUAGAUGCAGAUAAGCACAAUUACAAAAAUUACCAUGAGCAGUUGUUGAAAUUAGUUAAGGUUGGAGGGAUAAUUGCUUAUGAUAACACCUUAUGGCAUGGGUUUGUAGCUCAAGAAGAAAAUGAAGUUCCAGAGCCUUUCAGGGACUGGACAAAAGCUAUACAGGAACUCAAUGACUACCUGUCUCGGGAUCAACGUGUAGAGAUCUCGCAAGUUUCUAUUGGCGACGGUGUUACUCUCUGUAGGCGUCUCUAUUGAGAAUUUAAUAUCAUUUUGCAUUGCUAUUUAAAGUUUGUUUAUUACAUUUGACAUGAUAGAUGGUGUUUUGUUAUUAUUAUCCAUAAAAUAAAAUUAUAAAUAGCAUUGGAUUUCGUUGAUUUUCAGCAAUAAA